UAAUAUUUAUCUGUAUGGAUUCCCUGUGGGUGACCUCUGUUUCUUGGGACUCUGCUGCACCAGAAGCACUGUCUGUAUUGAGUGUUUUUGUCUGCUGCCCUGUGCUCCUCCUGGGAGUGUUCAUGUGGCGGGAGGAGAUGUAGCCCUCACCCCGGUUCCCAUUCCGCACCGGCUCCGGUUCUUGUUGCCGUCCGGAGCCGCGGCGAAGUCGAUCCAGCGCCACAGUUUGGCGGGCGCCACUGCUGCCGCCGUCGCCCUCCUCCUCCUGGGCCGGGAGAGGAAGUACACCGAGGAGCCGGAUUCAGCCCCGGCAGGCGGCAGAGGCGGCAGCUGCCCAAGGAGCCUGCCAAGGAGGACGGCGGGACCAGGCGCGAGGAAGCUGCGUUGGGGCGGUUGCACCGGGGCGGCGGCGGCGGCGGCGGCGGCAGCAGGAGGAUCCCGAGCGGCAGGAAGGCAGCCGCUCCCCUCCCUCCCUGGGCACUUGGAAGGCGGCGGGAGGGAGAGCUGCCUUGGGGGGAGGCUGCCGCCCCCCGGCGUGCAUUUUCCUCUCGCUGCAUUACCUGCAUUUGCGUUCUCAAAUUGCACCGUUAUCCCCUCCCCCCGCUUUCUUUUUGCAAUGCACCCCCCCGGCCUCUUUCCCUUUCUGCCCGCGCCAAGAGAGGGGCGCUGAGAGCGGGGUGGGGUGGGGGGCAGCAGCUGCAUGGUAAAGCCCCGGGGAGGGGGCUCGCCCGUGCUGUGCCCCCCUCUGCCGUAUUUUGCAGCUUGGCAAUGGGGAGGCAGCUGCAAAAGAGGCCCCUUUAAAGGUCUCGCUGCCUUGGGGGGGGGAAGGGGGGUGUCUCCGAUAUCCUCCCAGGCAGGGGGAUGCUCCCCCAGGACUAGCAGACCCACGAGCCCCCCCUCCCCAGAUAUAGAGGGUGGGGACCAGCAAGACUUAGGGGGAAACCUGGGGGAGGGCAAACUAGGGGGUCAGGGCCUGAAGAGGGGUGUUAGGAGGACAUAAAUUGAAAAGGGGGGUGUCUUUGAGGGUUUCUGUGUGUGUGUUUGGGGGGGUCAUUUAGAGGACCCCAGAGUGUGUGUGGGGGAAAUAAGGGGUAGCAAACUUAGUUUAUAUGUUAGAGGUGGUACCUUUUUGGGGGGUCCUUUUGUGGGUGAUAGGGGGCAACUACAGUCUCAGUUGGAAAGUGGGGAUUAGGAACUGGGGCGAGGGCAGUUAGCUAGGGAGAGGGGGUGACCUGGGAGGACUUCAUUUUUAGGAAGGGGGCUUAGUUGCGAAGGGGUCUCUUGGUGACGGAGGGAGUCUGCCCCCCCAGUCAUCCCUUGUCAGGUGGAGCGAGGAGAAGAGCGGCAAGGGCCACAGAGCGGCAACCCAGGCCGAAGCCAGGCCAGGCCAGCCCAGGAGAGGCGGAGGUGCCAUUUUGUGGGCAGCCAAGAUGGCGGACCUGGAGGCUGUGCUGGCGGACGUGAGCUACCUCAUGGCCAUGGAGAAGAGCAAGAGUUCGCCGGCUGCUCGCGCCAGCAAGAAGAUUGCCCUCCCCGAGCCAAGUAUCCGCAGCGUGAUGCAGAAGUAUUUGGAGGAAAGAGGUGAAUUAACCUUCGACAAGAUUUUCAACCAGAGGAUUGGGUUUUUGCUGUUCAAAGAGUUUUGCCAAACUGACAUUGAUGAAGGGGUUCCACAACUGAAGUUUUAUGAAGAGAUUAAAGAAUAUGAGAAACUGGACUCCAAGGAGGAUCGUCUCAGCAGGAGUCGGCAGAUCUACGAUACCUAUAUCAUGAAAGAGCUGCUUUCUUGCUCACACCCUUUUUCGAAGCCAACGGUUGAUCAUGUGCAAAACCACCUCUCCAAGAAGCAAGUCCCACCAACCCUUUUUCAGCCCUACAUAGACGAAAUUUGUGACAGCCUCAAAGGAAAAACCUUCCAAAUGUUUCUGGAAAGUGAUAAGUUUACUAGAUUUUGUCAGUGGAAAAAUGUGGAGCUAAACAUCCAUCUGACCAUGAACGACUUCAGUGUCCACCGGAUCAUUGGGCGAGGAGGCUUUGGAGAAGUCUACGGCUGCCGGAAAGCAGACACGGGGAAGAUGUAUGCAAUGAAAUGUUUGGAUAAGAAGCGGAUCAAGAUGAAGCAAGGAGAAACUCUGGCCUUGAAUGAAAGGAUCAUGCUGUCCCUUGUCAGUACUGGUGACUGCCCUUUCAUUGUGUGCAUGACUUAUGCCUUCCACACUCCUGACAAGCUGUGCUUCAUUCUGGACCUGAUGAAUGGCGGAGACCUUCACUACCAUCUCUCGCAGCACGGAGUGUUCUUGGAGAAAGAAAUGCGGUUUUACGCCACUGAGAUCAUCCUUGGCCUCGAGCACAUGCACAAUCGCUUCGUCGUCUACAGAGACUUGAAGCCGGCAAAUAUCCUCUUAGAUGAACAUGGCCACGUGAGGAUAUCCGACCUGGGGCUGGCUUGUGAUUUCUCCAAGAAGAAGCCUCACGCCAGCGUAGGCACUCACGGCUACAUGGCCCCUGAGGUGCUGCAGAAAGGGACUGCUUACGACAGCAGCGCCGACUGGUUCUCCUUGGGCUGCAUGCUGUUCAAACUUCUCCGAGGGCACAGCCCGUUCCGACAGCACAAAACCAAAGACAAGCAUGAGAUUGACCGCAUGACACUCACCGUGAAUGUGGAAUUACCAGAUUCAUUCUCCCCUGAACUCAAGUCCCUUUUGGAAGGCCUUCUCCAGCGAGAUGUGAGCAGGCGGCUUGGCUGCCAGGGUAGCGGGGCGCAGGAAGUGAAGGAGCACCCCUUCUUCAACGGCGUAGACUGGCAGCACGUCUAUUUGCAGAAGUACACUCCACCCCUCAUUCCUCCGCGGGGAGAGGUGAACGCUGCAGAUGCUUUCGACAUUGGCUCCUUCGACGAAGAAGACACAAAAGGCAUCAAGUUGCUGGAUAGCGACCAAGAACUGUACAAGAACUUUCCCCUGGUCAUCUCAGAGCGCUGGCAGCAAGAAGUGGCGGAAACAGUUUAUGAAGCAGUAAACAGCGACACGGACAAGAUCGAAGCCAGGAAGCGAGCAAAGAACAAGCAGCUUGGGCACGAGGAAGAUUAUGCUCUGGGGAAGGACUGCAUUAUGCACGGGUACAUGCUGAAGCUGGGGAAUCCCUUCUUGACUCAGUGGCAACGGCGCUAUUUUUACCUCUUUCCCAACCGGCUUGAAUGGCGAGGAGAAGGAGAGUCGCGGCAAAAUUUGCUGACCAUGGAACAAAUCGUAUCAGUGGAGGAAACUCAGAUCAAGGACAAGAAAUGCAUCCUGCUCAGAAUUAAAGGAGGAAAGCAGUUUGUCUUGCAGUGUGAGAGUGACCCAGAGUUUGUACAGUGGAAGAAGGAACUGACUGAAGCAUUCACAGAAGCACAACGGCUGUUACGGCGGGCGCCCAAGUUCCUGAAUAAGUCUCGCUCUGCAGUGGUGGAGCUCUCCAAGCCCCCACUGAGCCACAGGAACAGCAACGGCCUUUAGGACCAAGGCAAGGAAAGGGUGUGCAGCGUUGUAGGUAAUGCCCGUCUGUAUGUCACUGCGUUGCUCUUAGUUCCUUCUGCAAGGCCCUGGAGGAGGGUGCCUUGUGAAGGGUGGAAGGACGGCUGCUCGGCGCAGAGGAUGGGGCCAGGGACCACGGCACCUGAGAAGGCUGAUGCGGCAACCAGGGAAUGGGGCGGGGAUCAUUGCUAAGGAGGGAAUAGACGAAGGGGACGUCUGGCACACCCUGGCCAUGUUUCCCAAUGUGUCAGCCUCCCGAAAAUGACUGAGGGGAAGAUGGUUGCUUAUUUGCAAUAAACCUCUUCAGGUGCAUACUGUAGACUUGCAAUCUGAAAUGGCAACUACCUUUUCUCAAGACUGCAUCUUAGUGCCAUUGGGUUGGGUGCACCCCUGGCCCUGUGGAAGGAGUCGCCACUUUCUGGGGCAGGCUGACUCCUGCUGUGCCGAUUCCAUCCAGCGCCGGUGACUUCUGUAUCCUUGUUCUGUUCUGCUGGCCACCAACAGCAUGUCUCCUUUUUCAUGUUCUCUGAGUGAACUGAACUCUCGGUGUCCUCUGGUGUCCAAUGCUGCUCCUGCUGCUUCCUGGGGAACAAACACACGUCAAACUCCAGUUAGUCUUCUGCUGGCUGGUUGCACUGGGAUCUGCCACGUUUUUGCUGCUUUGACACACGUGCCGGACUGUACCUGACACAAUAGCUGAAGGGGAGAAACGGGGUAGUUCUCUCUCUUUUGUGUAUAUGUUUCUCUCUGCGCGUUUCUUCUGUUUGCUUUGUUUUUAAACGGCUGGUUCCAUCCUUACGAGGAAUACAGAAUCAACUUUUAUCCGUUCCUGGUCAGUGGCACUUCUGAAGAAAGUUUAAAAGCAAAUCCAAUACUCAAAUGUGGUGCAUAUUAAUUGCCAGGAUUGGGUUGCAGAUGAAUGUGGACUUGCAUCCCUCGAUGUUUCAGUCUUGCAAGUGGUGCUGUCUGUCUCAAGCAACUCUGCUGAGAAAAGCGGCAGGAAGGAACAGAGAGAGUUUGCCAUUGGCUGUUCGGGGGAUCACCCAGAAAUGGCCGCAAGAAAUGGCCCUCGGUUAACUUCUCCAUUUCCAAAUAGUUUCUCCCUUUUCCGUAAUAACCUUGGAAUCCCUUUUCACUGGGCUGGAGUUUGAAGGAAGGACCUGUUCUAUAGGAUAUGGGCCAGUAUUAAUGCACAUUAGUCCUAGGCUCUGUAGUUAUUUAUUAUAUGUAUGUUGCUAUCCUAGAAGAAGUCAAGAGCUUGGCUAGUCUUAUUUGGUUGGAUGUUGUCAACAUGUCUGGCCCAGAGAAUUUUCCAAGACAAGCAAAAGUCCUCCAGACCUAAGAUUUAUAGUAGAACAUUCCUCUCUGUCCUGAUGCUCUUGUACGCUUGUGUAUGUAUUAAUGGGUCAGAAUGGAGCUGCUUUGAGUGGGUCAGCCAUUUGACUGUGACAACCAUCUAAACCCCUCUUCCCCGUACGAAUGAAAUUUUUAUUUUUUACUUUGGUUGGACAAAUUGCGCUUAAAGACAUUUUCCCAAUUAUCUUCAUGACAGCCACUUUUGGUUACAGUUUGGGGUGUGUGUUGGUGAGACUGUUGCCCUGAACCCUGAACCCCUGCCCCAAAUGUCCUACUGGGACUUGAAUGCAUGUAUUGGAAUGCCCUAGGCAAAUUCCAGACGAAAGCAACAGAUUCACACACACACACCCCUGCCUUUUCCAGUGCAUGGGGGCUCUUGUUUCUAUGGAAAUCGCAGCCUGGCUCUAUGCAAGCAUUCUUCAGUCCCCAUAAAAUAAGCCACGCAACAUGUGCACUUGUUUUCUGCUUCUUCUAGUAACUUCUGUGAAAAGAAUUUAGAACCUCAGCUACCAUGAAUUAAUGAUGUCUGUUGAACAUUUUAAGGGUUGCAGAAGUGUUCCUGUGGGUGUAUAGUUUGCAACAAAACUCUUACCCCUUUAAUUCCUGAGACUCUGCUCAGAUCCUUUGGUUCUUAGACCAUGUUUGCAGAGAGGACCAGCUGUCUUUUGUCCGUACAUCCACUGGGCAUGCAUAGAAAGCCUCAUGACCCUCCUGAGGCUUGCUUGGGGUCCUCACUAGCGUGUUUGGCUAAUUGACUGGUUUCCUAGUUCCAGCACCGGAGUACCCUCAAGCCAAAUGCACCUGCCUCAUUGGACUCUGGGCCUGAACAGGCCUUCUCUUGUCCUGGUGUUUGUUUCUUGUCUACGUGUUUCUAUCUCUUAGUUAGUUUUAUAAGAUGUUUUUAGCAUAGCAUAUGCACCCUGGUGUUGGGGCUACACUUCAGAUCCACAGUUGGAAGAAACAAAGUGUUGCUUUCUUUUUUUUGGACCAGCUUUUAUGAAGGGGAUGUGAAUUUAAAAAUGUCAUUGGGAUGACACUUGAAUGGACUGUACUGCUAUAUGCGAUGACCUCAUUUUUGUAAACAUUGAGUAAGCUAUUAUUCAAAAUAGCCUGGAUUUAGAUUAUUUUUCCAGAGGCAGCUAAAAUGCACUUAAUGUAAUAAUAAUUCCUAUUUCCACUUUAGUGAAUUGUUAAUAGGAGUAAAAAAGUGAAUAUUCAGUUGAUUUCAGAUUGGCUGUGCUCUAGAAUAUUCUCAUGUUAGAGUAAGCUUGUGUUUUAAUCUCUUAUUAGUUUCUUAGUUCAACUCUGUGUAUACAGUAUAUAAGAGAAGAAUCUACUUGCCUAGAUCCCAGGAAGUUUGUUGUAUUUAAGUCCCAUUGAGACACAAGUUAGCCAUGACUUAAGAUUUCAAAAGGACUAAGGGUGCAAUCCAAUACACAUUUACCUGGGAGUAAGUACCGUUGAAGCCAAUGGAGUUUACUUCUGAGUAGAUGUGUAUUGGAUUGCAGUCUUCAUUGCCAUUCAGCUCUCUUGACUGGGUGGGGUGGGGUGGUAUAUGAAUGACAGGAAGGAAAAUGAUUAAAAUAUUAUAGCAAAAAUCUAGCCUGGAAACUAGUGACAGAUGUAAAGUGUGGGGACUUCUAAAAAUGGAGGCUUAUAAAUAUAUAAAUACAUUUUUAGUGAUACUGCUAUUGUAGAUACCAAAUUGUUUAAUUUCUCCUUAAGCUAAAUUAAGUUUUAUGAGUUCUCUCUUCACCCCAGGACAGAAUUUAAAGCAUACAUGUGAGAGUGACCUGGAUGAUGAUGAAAGUGUAGAUUUUUCUGCUCAGCCUCUAGUCACCUUUUAAAAUGUCGUAUGUUCUUGAAGGAGUGACAGUUGUUCAGCAAAGUUGGAAAACAAAGGUGAACCUGCAAUGGCUAAAAUAAGUGAUUGCAUCUUCAUUUAGAAAGCUAAUGAACCUGCAGUAAAGUCAGGAACUUGAGACCAUUAAAAAAAUAAUUAGGUAACUGAUUUCCUUAGUAAUUUUUUAAAAGCACAAAAAUACCUCCUAGAAGUUGCAAGAUGAUAUUGGAAGUAUGUUGAAAACAUAAUAGUAGUUCGUAUUCUUAGUGUGUGUGUGUGUGUGUGUGUGUGAGAGAGAGAGAGAGAGAGAGAGGGAGAGGGAGAGGCAGUGGAGGUGGAGGUGGAGGUGGUGGUGUGUUUUCAAUUCCUGCAAAGGUUUAUCACUGGAAGAACCUUCAUGGUUUGUAGUGAUUUCUGGUAUAUGAAGGCUCCAUCUUCAUUAAGGUUCCCCUACUCUGGCCAACGUGGGUGGAAUAAACCUGGUCACAACCACUUGAAUGGCUGAGCAAUGACUGUGUGCAAAGAGGAAAGGGCUACAGUUGGGGCAGGGUGUGUGUGGAACAGGGACAACUCAGGUUGGAGUCAUAGAAUCCCCCCUGGUGUCUGCAUGAUGUUGAUCUGUUGUGUGAAAAUGUCUUUUACCUCCCCUCCCAGUAAUCCCUGUGCAUGCACUGAACUGCAGUUUGACUUCUCUACCUCCAACACCCCUCCCCUCCCCAAAAAAUCACCAGUUGGGUACCCAUCUUAUUCUCACACCAUCAAGGCAGAGACUAGAAUAUCCUGGCUGCUUUUUAAAAGGACAUGAUAGGCACCCUUUCUCACAAUUAAAUGAUGGUAGAAUUGGAUGCCCACUCCUCCAAAUGGGGCUCUCCCAAAUCUGUCUUUUGGGCCCCGUCCGUUUGCGCACAGCUGCUUCAUCUGUUGUUAUUUUUUAAAAUCUAUGUGUGCAUGUGCAAAGCUGCUGUACAUUUUACAAAAGCACUGGACUGAGCAUGUGCCAGGUGGGUUUAAAAACAAAAUUCUGCAUCAUGUAAUUUUUACAAGAACUCAACAUGCACACUGGGGUUUUGACCUGGAGGUGAGUUUUGGAAAUCACAGUGUUGCAUCUCAAAUCAGCUACAUUUUGUUCUGUUCUGGGUUUGAAAUCUGUGAAAUAUAUCCUGUUUGCAACUGGUGCUAGAGGGAGUGAGAUCCAUAGCUCAGGUGCCAUCCUGCAAAGAACAACACUUAAAUUAGCGUUUGGAUUGUUGGUUAUUUCCAAGCUCAUUCAUGAAGGCAUUAAAGGGUGAGAGAGUAGUGUGUCCUUCUCUCUUGGCUGUCCCCUAAUGAUGAUGAUGCGUUCAGGAUCCAUGGAUGUACACAGUUGCCACCAUUCCCCUUGUGCAACACAAUCUUGUUGAAGCAGUUCUUGAGGUAUCUACCGUCUUGGAGCUAUGGUGUAUUCAUCCUCUCAAAUAAACAUGUGGAAAGACAUUUUUAUUUUGAACUGUGCUGUAGACAGUAAGUACUUCUAGUUGUUAACAACAGAGGAACAAGUUGACAGUAAUACACAUUUUUAAAAAAAAUCUUGAAGUAUAUUAUUAACUACUUAAUUUUAAGUAUUGUACAAAAAAGGGGAGAAAUGUGUCUAAGUAUAUUUGAGAAUAUAUGUAUAUCCAAGACGUCUGCUGCAGUUCAUGAUGGUUUCCCCUUUUUUGAGUUGCCUGCUGAUAUUAUUAUAUUCCAUGAUGUAAAUAUUAUUGUGUGGAUUAGCACUUCUGAAUAUUGGAGAAUGUUAAUACAUUUGUUAAAUCAAUUUUUUAAAACUUUUGUGUUAAACUAAUAAUUACAGCUUUAUUUUGUUAUUGUACCAGGUUACUUUUAUCUACAGAGGUGUAAAAAACUCCAAGAAUUCUAUUUUAACAGAGAGGCAUUUUUAUGUUAUUUAUUUUAAGUCUGCACAUUUCUUUCAACUUAUUUAAUUCCCUGUACAGUUUCUUCUCCUUUGCCCAUGUGUUAUUUAAGUGAUGGUGGUCCCUUUUCAGCUGGACUUGACAGCUUUAUUAUGGUUUUCAUAAAUUAAUUCCAGUAACAAUAAGUUUGCCAUUUUGUCUCUAAUAAAAGAA